AUGCUCUCCCCAAUGUCUCUGGCACACUGGUUGUGCACACGCAGACCUUUGGGCUCCUCUCCAGCCCUGGUCCCAGCUCCCGAUAACCUGCCUCUCCUGUCUGGGUUUCAGAUCAAAUCCCAACAGAGCGAAGUGAUCAGAAUCCUUGAUGGGAAAAAUAUCAAAUACGAGUUGGUGGAUAUCUCCCAGGACAACGCUCUUCGGGAGGAAAUGAGGGCCAAGGCAGGCAACCCCAAAGCCAUCCCGCCCCAGAUUGUCAACGGAGACCACUACUGCGGGGAUUAUGAGCUCUUUGUGGAAGCGGUGGAACAAAACACCCUGCAAGAGUUCUUGAAGCUGGCCUGAGCCCUGGGUUCCCCUCCCGUCCUGGACUCUAUCUGCAUUCCUGAGUGCCCUCAUCUCAACCACCUUCACUUCCAGGUUGUCAGUGCUGUCCUGGCACCGUGACCUGUAUCCCAGCACAGGGAAACCCAUGACCAAAACUAUCAUUGCAGCUGUCUACGAUUCCCUCCCACCUAACCCUGCUAUCAUCUCAGAGGGAUCCAAAGAAAGUCUGAUGCUCGCUGUGCAUCGCCUUUGAACAAAGCUGGGCCUGGCUCACAACGCAGCUUCCGGUGCCUCUGUAAACAGCAAAGCCUCUCGGGCUGUGCGAAGUGCAGUUGUCCAUCAGCCCUCUCCUCUACAGGGAGAGCUUCUGCUUUAGAAGGGAAGGGCUUAGGGCUGCAUGUUACUUCCCACUCCUCAUGGUUGCUGUUAAAAGUAUAAAUCCUGCUGCCUCACUUCCUUUUCAUCUCAACUGCAGAGAUUAUGGCAACUAAGUUGAUUUUUUUGGUUUGUUUAAAUUCAAUGCAGAAAUACUGCACAAAGGUGGGGUCUGACUGGCCACCAUGGAGCAGGCAAGGGCUGGGAGCGUAAGGCUCAUGUCACUCAACAGGCAGCUUUGGUGGGGACAGACGGGCCUAGCACUGGGACUCGUGCUGCUCCAUUAGUGCCCUCUGCUCUGAUGUGGUGUGAGGGCUCCCUCCUGAGCAUUAAUGGCUCAAGGCUGCUCCAAAACAGCUGAUGCUCCAGCUGUCUUAUCUUUCUUUUUUGAGUUGGCUUUUUGCAACCUGGACCAAGUGCAUUUUUGUUUUCCUGCCAAAAAAGCAAGUUUAUAACCAGUGUUGUCUUCCAAUAUGCUAUUAAAUGUUACUGUACCUUU